GCCAGCCCCGCUCCGUGCCUCUCCCGGCCGUCCGGACCCGCCGCGUCCCGGUCUAAAACGUUUGCCCGAACACCGAGGCGGACCCUCCAGAACCUCCAUGGCACCGAACGGAGAGUGAGCCGGGCCGCCGCCAUGGACGACCGGUACCACCGGGCGGCCCGGGACGGCUACCUGGACGCGCUGCGGGAAGCCUCACGGAAGGAGCUGAACGCCCCGGAUGAGGACGGGAUGACGCCGACCCUGUGGGCCGCGUACCACGGGAACCUGGAGGCGCUGCGGCUCAUCGUGGGCCGAGGGGGCGACCCGGACAGGUGUGACAUCUGGGGGAACACGCCGCUUCACCUGGCAGCUGCCAAUGGCCACCACAACUGCCUGUCCUUCCUGGUGGCUUUCGGUGCCAACGUGUGGUGUCUGGACAACGACUACCACACGCCGCUGGACAUGUCCGCCACCAAGGGACACAUGGACUGCGUCCGCUACCUGGACUCCAUCGCCGCCAAGCAGAACACCCUCAACCCAAAGCUGGUGGGAAAGCUCAAGGACCGAGCCUUCCGCGCCGCGGAGCGCCGGAUCAAAGACUGCGCCAAGCUGCAGAGGAAGCACCGCGAACACAUGGAGAGGAAGUUUGCGAAGGAGUCGGCGGCGUUGGACAACUUGGACGCCAUCAGCUUCUCCAGCUACACCAGCGGCAGCACGCUGAGUCGCAAGUUCAACACGGUCACCUCCAACAUGCCAUACUCGCAGGCCACCCUGCACUCCACAGCCAAGGGCAAGGCCAAGAUACAGAAGAAGCUGGAGAAGAAGAAGCAGGUCGAUGGAACGUUCAAGAUCUACGAGGACGGGAGGAAAAGCGUGCGCUCGCUGUCCGGCCUGCAGCUCGGCAACGACGUCCUAUUCCUCAAACGGGGCACGUACGCCAAUCCGAAGGAGCGACCGCGCCUCGACAUCCGCGACAUGUUCCACCACGACGGCGGCGCAGAGGACAACGCCGACGACGACGACGCAGAGGACCCCGUCUCCCGUGCCAUGAGCGACCCGGGCCUCCACGAGGCUGCGUACUCGGAGAUCAGCGCCGACUCCGGGCGCGAUUCCCUGUUCACCCGACCCGGGCUCGGCACCAUGGUGUUCAGGAGGAACUACUUGAGCGGAGGCGUGUUCGGUACCCGAGGAGCGGACGAAGGGAGCGUAGUGGGGAGCGAACCUGUGGGCCGGGCACCUAACGUUCGUCUCGGGGGACAUCCGUCCCGGAGCUUGCCCAGCUUUGACGAGGACAGCAUCGGCAGCGCCUUAAGCCUGCAGGAGAGGAACCUUCAGGAGUUGCCCUGGGAGGAGACGGAUGUCGGCUUGGACGAGGACUUUGAGCCGGAGAAUAGUCCUCUGGAAACCUUCCUGGCCUCUCAAAGCCUCGGCGAGUUUAUGACCGUCUUCAGGAGGGAGAAGAUAGACCUGGAGGCUCUGCUGCUUUGUUCGGAUCAGGACCUCGCCAGCAUUCACAUCCCUUUGGGCCCCAGGAAGAAACUUCUGGAGGCUUGCAAGAGACGUCUGGACACCAUAGACGAGCCAGAGGCCAUUGGAGACACCGAGCUCUGAAGGAAGUGCUGGUACCAACCCGCAGUACACUCAGCGACCGGAACCUACGCAGAAAACACGCAGUGAACAUUUCACAGGAAGGUUUUUGCCACAAUGAAUCUCAGCCUCACUUGUUGUUGCAUACUGUAAUAAAUGAUUAAUGUAUUGACUCUUUGAAUACUGUUUAUUAUUUAUUUCCCCAUUGUACAUCUGUCUGACUUUGUCAUUCCACUCAACGCACAUACACAAUGGGGACUGUAUAUUAAUGUGUGAACAGCCACGCACUGACUGCUCUGCACACACUGUCAGUCAGAACAACGUGGUGUUACUGCGAGGUCAGGUACACGUGAGCAAGAUAACGCCGUUAUCUCGCUUGUGGUUUUACUGAAGGUCCAUCUGUCUGCACACUACGACAAGCAUGAAUGUUCCUUUUGGUAAAAAACAACAACCUGUUUUUGUAUUUGAAGACGUACCCACAACAACCGUUCUUAGUAUCUUUUGUUAUAAUAAAAUUGAUGUUGACGUAACCAGCAAUUGUGUCUUUCUCUGGGCCA